GUUACAUACCAUACCAUGCCACACACUUUGAUCUGCUGACGACGUCUCUUCUAGCUUCACCCCUUAGUUUUCGCCUUUCAUUGUUGUCUUCCAUCUACGAUUGACGCAUCAUUUCGUUUCUUUCGUCCUCCGAGGGAAUCUCUCUUCCCUUUACUUUGUUCAUAGUCUCCCCGCCUCCGCCCGCUACCCAACGACGUUCUGGCAGCUUCGACGUAACGUUUCGUUUCAACCCGACGACUUCUUCUCAAUUUGAUGGCGACGACCGACGCGAUUCCUCCAGAGCAUGACCGUCAAGGUCAACGCAGGAGACCGUUUUCGACAUGGGUCAAGAAACUUACCAACUUCAAAUCAUCCGAUGGUGAACGUCAAAAGAGACACAAGAAACGCAGCCACAAGAAGAACAACCCCUACCCAGAAUCUGGACAGGUUGGCAACGGUGUAACCAACGGAACGAGUGCAUGCACUUUCACCACUACACAGACGGAUACAAGCAAUACCAGUGUGGAUCGAUCCACUCGGACAUCUCGAGAAGAUCAGGGACCGCCAACGAUCGGGCGUGGAAGUGUGACCGGUACGGUUUUGACUGAUCAUGAGGCCUCCCAUUCACUCAUGGCACCUAGCCAUAGGGCAAGUUCUGUCGCUGGAACGAGCCGUACUGUUGGUGGAGGAGUUGACUCGAGGAGGGGGGGAGACAGUACAUUUUCAAGUCCAGCACCCUCUGUGAGGUCUUUGACGACGACCUUGACUACGAUACAGUCAAUGGCGCCUAAUGGGGCUGGGCAACCUCAGAAUCAUGCUUCACAGCACCAUGGCAACACGCAGUCUAUUCAAUUCACCCAACCCUUCCCCACUGCAGGAACGCCAGCAUCGGCAAUUCCGCCCCAUUUGGCACCAACUGGCAACCCAACGACCUACACGUCUGCAACCGCCAAUAAUCUGCUUACAGACAACGCAUCUAUCCUGACUUUGGCGUCAUCAAGUAAGCGACGACGAAGGCGUUCUCUCGAUACGGAUGCAUCUGUGCGUGCUCUUGCACCUUCUUCACUUUGGGGUGGCAGCCGUGAAAGUUUACCACUUAGUGUUUUGAGUGCGAACAUCGACCCGAUGGGUAUGCCUACUACUCCCGGUAUUCACGGCAAUCCUCGAAUGGCAACAGAACGCACGAGCAUUUACUCUGCAACAGGUGUCGGGCCUGCGAUUUCUGGAGAUCGAAAUAGUUAUUAUGCCAAACAAGGAGAUGCUGCAAGUGUUCGAAGUGGGCUACUUGGCCAUGGACGAGCUGAGAGCGUGAGCGGCAGCAUUGGCGGUCUGAGCAGUCCUCUGAUUACGCCACGAGAGGUAUUUAACGAGAAGAGCGAGAAUGAGAAAGAAGAUACCCCUGUGGCUUCUAGAACGAAGGAGGCAUGAGCGUGUUGAUUUUUACUGCGAAUGAUUGAUGCUUUGUUUUGCUUUAUGGUACUGGGUCGGUUGGGUCUGGCAGGAAUGAGAGCGUAUCUGGUGUUUUGCUUGACUUAUAUAGAAUUCUGGUUCGGUACUUACUAUACGUAGUCGAGGGAAAGUUGUCCCUUAAUAUACCAUACAUGAUACCCUGACAAUUGUUAUGAUGAGCGCCA